GAGUCACAGCCUGAACUGGGAGGAGGCGGGGAGAGGCAGCCCCAGCCCAGAUUGCAGCGGUCGGUUCCAGGGAGAGCAGGCCGGGUGGUCCGAGACCAUGGGGGAGAGCGCGCUGGAGCCGGGGCCUGCGCCCGGGGCGCCGGCCGGGGGUCCCGUGCACGCCGUCACCGUGGUGACCCUGCUGGAGAAGCUGGCCGCCAUGCUGGAGGCGCUGCGGGAGCGGCAGGGCGGCCUGGCUGAGCGGCAGGGCGGCCUGGCGGGCUCGGUGCGCCGCAUCCAGAGCGGCCUGGGGGCUCUGAGCCGCAGCCACGACACCACCAGCAACACGCUGGCGCAGCUGUUGGCCAAGGCGGAGCGCGUGGGCUCUCACGCCGACGCGGCCCAGGAGCGCGCCGUGCGCCGCGCCGCCCAGGUGCAGCGGCUGGAGGCCAACCACGGGCUGCUGGUGGCGCGCGGGAAGCUGCACGUCCUGCUCUUCAAGGAGGAGACUGAAAUUCCAGCCCGCGCCUUCCAGAAAGCACCAGAGCUCCUGGGACCGGAGGACCAGUUGGUGCUGGGCCCAGAGGAGCCAGAGGAUGAAGUUGGAGAGAGUUCCGAUGAGGAGCCGGUGGAGUCCCGGGCUCAGCGGCUGCGACGCACCGGCCUGCAGAAGGUGCAGAGCCUGAGAAGGGCUUUGUCUAGUCGUAAAGGCCCUGAAGCAGCACAUCCCACGCCAGUCAAGCCUCCCCGCCUAGGGCCUGUCCGGAGCUCCCAGGGCCCAACGGAAGGCCAGCCGGCCGCUCAGCCAGACCCGCCGCUAGAGUCUGCCCUGGAGCCAGAACCGCCUCAGGCUACCGAGGACGAUCCUGGGAGGCCGGUGCUUCAAAUAGAGAGCACGGCCUGAUCCCUGGGGCUCCCUGCCCCACUUGGUGCUUAUGCCUUGUCCCAAAAUAAAUCCUUAAAGAGUGCAGCGCUUACAUCCAAAUAAGGAGGGAAUCCUGAAUCCACUGCCCAGCUCCAGUCCUUCCCUCCUUCCUUCCGGGCUUUCUAGUCUUGUACCCUGUGUCCUCUGAAAGAGGAACAUCCACCAGUUUAGGCUCACCACCAAUAAAAGCAGUUUCAUCUAACCCAGACUCCAUGUGGAAGGGGAAGGCAGUGGGAGGAGUAAGCAUGGCAGAGCCGGAGCCUCGAAAGGGUUUGGCAAACAUUUCUGCCUUUUCAUUGAGUCCUGGGUUCUCCUGCAUCGGCACGGAGAAAUACCCUGCCGGCCGCUUACUGCCUAAACACAUUCCUUGUGGGGACACGUGAGUGCAAUUUUGGGCCCGGCGGGGGGCGGUAUGCAGUGCUUUGAUGAAUGCCCAAGCAAAUGCCAACUAAUGCGUUCCCAUCUGGUUUCUUCGAUCUCUGUCAUCCUUUAUUAAAAGCUGAGUUUUACAGA